AUGUCCAACAUAGACUCAGUUUUGAUUAUUGGUGGCUCUGGUUUUCUUGGGUUGCACUUAAUUCAGCAAUUUUUCAACAUCAAUCCCAAACCAGACAUCCAUAUUUUUGAUGUUAGAGACCUUCCUGAGAAACUUUCGAAACAGUUUACUUUUAAUGUGGAUGAUAUAAAAUUCCACAAGGGGGAUUUGACAUCCCCAAAAGAUAUGGAAGACGCUAUCAACAAAAGUAAAGCAAACGUUGUUGUUCAUUGUGCUUCUCCAAUGCAUGGCCAAAACCCAGAUAUUUAUGAUAUAGUAAACGUUAAGGGAACCCGUAACGUGAUAGAUAUGUGCAAGAAAUGUGGUGUUAAUAUACUUGUAUAUACUUCUUCUGCAGGUGUUAUCUUCAACGGGCAAGAUGUGCAUAAUGCAGACGAAACCUGGCCUAUCCCAGAAGUUCCUAUGGACGCGUAUAACGAGACCAAAGCUAUUGCAGAAAACAUGGUUUUGAAAGCAAAUGAUCCAGAGAGUGGUUUUUAUACUGUUGCUCUUCGUCCAGCUGGUAUUUUUGGUCCAGGAGAUAGGCAAUUGGUGCCCGGUCUUAGACAAGUUGCAAAAUUAGGACAAUCAAAGUUCCAAAUUGGUGAUAAUAAUAACUUGUUUGAUUGGACAUAUGCUGGUAAUGUUGCCGAUGCUCAUGUCUUAGCUGCACAAAAACUUCUCGAUCCAAAGACAAGAACAGCAGUCUCCGGUGAAACUUUCUUCAUUACCAAUGAUACCCCCACUUAUUUUUGGGCUUUGGCUCGUACUGUAUGGAAAGCAGAUGGUCAUAUCGAUAACCGCGUUAUUGUUUUGAAAAGGCCGGUUGCAAUUGUUGCCGGUUACCUUUCAGAAUGGGUGUCUAAAAUGCUAGGCAAAGAACCAGGGUUGACCCCAUUUAGAGUCAAGAUUGUGUGUGCAUACCGUUAUCAUAAUAUUGCUAAAGCCAAGAAGUUGCUAGGUUAUACACCAAGAGUCGGUAUCGAGGAAGGUAUCAAUAAAACUUUAGCUUGGAUGGAUGAAGGUUUGUAA